CGCUUACCGCCCAGUUCGUUUCUUCGUGUUAGUCAGCAGAUCUCGUUUGAGCUUCUUUCCCUUUUCGGUAGCCUUUCUGCAUUAGGCAGGUGAUGGGUCCAGGAUGAGGUGUCAUGUGAAAAAUGCUCACGUGUCAUAUCUGGUGGGGAGGCUGGGGAGCGGCGGGGGGGCUGACUCCGGCGCUGGUGGCAGGUCAUCGAUCCAAAACUGCGGAUGUCCGAUUUCCCCGUCCACCGGACAAUAAUACAAAGAGCGCUGACGAUCGAACACUGAACUUGUUAUUAUUCUCCUGUAUAUAUCACCCCCCUGUCUCUUACGGAGUCUGUUUGCUAGGAAGAAGAAUCUCGUCAUCAUGGUGUCUCCGCCUUCCUGGCUGGAGUAAAGCGAUCCACGGGCCUCACCCCCAGCCUCAAUUCAGACAAACUCACCGAUAACAAAGAAGUCAAGAAGUGGGUCGAGAACUACCUCGGUGUUGGCGAAUGGGUCAUGGAUCAAUCCGUGGCCGUUCUGGGAUCUACUGGCUGGUUUGAGCGCAGA